AUGACGAAUCAAUCUGGGUCUCCCCAAAGUUCGGGUUCUUCCCCCUUCGACCCCUAUUCGGCGGAUUCCCUGGAGGACCCCAUGGAAGGCGCAGCCCGGAGCCUAGGCCAAGGUUCACCGUCACCAGAUGAUCAAGCUGAGGCUUCCGAUGCCAUGGAGACGUCCGUUUCUAUCCAGCGAACUACGGGUACAUUCUCGAGUCGAAAUGGCACAUUAUGUUGUCCCCCAGAGUCCCCGAAGCAGGAUACAUCUCUUGACCAGCAACGGAAAAGAAAGCGGAAUGCCCCAGAUAACCCACCGAUAGACCAAGGGUCUAAUCCUGAGAACAAUGACGGUUAUAACGUCGCAGAGAAUGGCUCCAAGUUGCCCACAGGCAUUCAUCCGCUGGACCCCAACAAGCGUCUUAAACUCAGUGCAAAUCAGUCUAGUUCACUUGCAGUUCCCCUGGAUAGGUCAAAUCUUCCAGGGGAAAUGUGGCAGCACGUUUUCACAUUUCUUCCUCCCGUAUCAUUGGGACGUCUUCUAAAGGUGAAUAAUACAUUCAAGAAUUUGCUAACAGAUGCACCUGUUAAGCGUUCAACUCGCGGCUUGCUUAAGUUUAUUCAUCCCAACCACAUUUGGUCUUCAUCCCGAAAGACAUUUCACCCUGGUAUGCCGCGUCCUCUUUCUUCUUUGUCUGAACUGGAUAUGUGGCGACUUGUCUGCGGAACUGGGUGUCAGUUCUGCAAGAAAUCUUCUUUCUCUUCGCUCGACGGUUCCUUAUGGGAAGGCGGCCCAGGUCCCAAUGGAACUCGGAUUAUAUGGCCGUUUGCCGUUCGGGCAUGUAGUGACUGCCUUCAAAAAAAUUGUGAAAAGGAAAUGGACCUUCUUUUUUCUUCCACAUUGCCAACACUUCUUAUUCCUGCUAUUCCAUUUGCUUUUUUCACGUCCUCGAUGCAUUUUGUUUCCUCUGUCAUUCUUCGGUCGUCACAAGUGCCCUCUGGCUUGAGCUUAACCAAGUUUUAUCUGAAGUCCCAAAUUGAGGCCAUGAAAGAUAAGUUUGAAGAAGUCAAAGUCCUUGGGGCUGCAACUGCAGAAGAAUGGGCUAAGGGACUGGAAGGUGAUGGGAAAGAGAAAAUUGCUGAUUCCGCCAGAUGGGAACAAUGGGAAGCUACUGGUAGCCUUCGUACUUUUUGGGCUACCCUCAAGGGCCAAAACGGACGACCCAAUAAGCCAGAUCAUAUUGAAACCGUUCCACACAGUUCCAAUGCAGCUGGAUCCAAUAACUCUCCGAAUUGCAAUUUUCCGAGUCGCCCUGGCCGCCCUUCAUUCUCUACGAACUCUCAUGGGUCUGCUCUUCCUUCACGACCCCUGAGUUCUGGGGCGCAAAAAACGACUGGCAAUUCCGUGCAACCGUCCCUGCAUCACCGAUCCGAGCGGAGUAUUCGAGAAGUCAACGAAGCGAAGUUCAAUAGGAAAGCAGAGAUUGAGCGCAGGUGCGCGACUCUUGAUCCACCAUUAAGUGCAUCAGUCCUUAGCCACAUGGAUUCAUUUCAAGCAGCAAUCCAAAUCCCCCACCCCUUUACUGAUCGUGAUUGGGAAAUUCUUAAACCGCGUCUACUUUCUCAAAGAGAUGUCGCCGAGCGUCGUGAACAGGAACGCAUUCAACAAGACAAAAUUCUCCAGGCAAAGUCAGAAGAACGCCGACAACAAGAAGCUCAGUUGAAAGAAGCAAAGGAGUUAUUGGACAAGGAAUGGGAUGAUAUCCAGAGACCUAUUCGAGAGCGCAUGGCCACUUAUGCGGAUCAAAUAAUUCGCGAGGGCUGGCGAGAUGGUGAGGGAGUAACAAAGGACAAGUGCCCCAAAUUUGCCGCUGAUGUACUGAUGUACGUUCGCGAUAAGUUCUAUAAUAACAUCACCAAGCAAGAUGCAAUCUCGCGUGGCCUGGGCAAGCCAAUUGAGGAAGACAAACCAGGCGCACCGCCUACACGGAAGUUGAUUCUUGAGAACAUGAAAUGGAUUUUUGACCAAAAAAUAAAACCUCUAACCGACCCUCAUCAGAAAGAGCUUUUCCUUUGCAAUGGUUGUGAGAAUAACUCCAAAUAUUAUGGAUUUGAGGGAGUCGUCCAGCAUUACGCAGCAAAGCAUACAAGUGUGCUUAGCCUUGGUAGUGUUGUUGUGCAUUGGCGUGCGGAAUGGCCUGAACAACCACCCUUCCACCCCAAUCCAAAUGCUGCUAGAGCAUUCAUGUUUGCAAUGCCUCGUCCAACAAUGGGACAACCCCACCAUGGUUAUCAAGGGAAUUCACUUGGCCCCGACCCAUACCCCCAGAUCUCACCCGCGCCAUAUAGGAGGACCCCUUAUGGAACCCCAUAUGCAUAUGGAUCAGGACCCUAUCGCCCUCCUUCUCCUGCUUCUUCGCAGUACUACCCCCCUCAACAAGGAAAUUAUCCUUACCCUGGUCCACCGUCUGGCUAUCCUCCCAAUGGGCCAUUCGAUCCACAUGCCCAGCCUCCACCUCCUAACCCUGUAUAUGGAUCCCCAUAUCCUGGCCAAGGCUACCCACCUCCAUAUGCUGGCCCCGAGGCAAGACCGCCGAUGCCCUCUGCACCAUAUCCUGCUCCUUUCGGUCCUCCCCAUGCCCCAUCAUAUGGACCCGCCUUCUCUGGCAACCCUCAUACUUCGCGCCCGGGGCCGGCACCCUCGAAUAAAUCCAAUCCCAACAGUCAAGCCUUCGGAUUCUACCAAGCUCAAGUUGAUGAGCUUGCCAAACAUGCCAGAGCUAUUUGGAAUGGCACGUCGGGCAUCAAAGAUUUGCCGCAUAAUGUUAGAGCCCAUGUCUUGUUACACCAUGUUGUAAUUCGAUUUUUAGAACGGUUUGGCCAUGAGCCCCCCUUGGCACUGUUCUCUGACGCCCUCAACACGCACCCGCAGAUGAAGCCUAUUCGAAAUCUCAGUGGCUUAGUUUGCAAAACAUGUACUAUUCCAGGUACAACCCAUGGACGACGCGGCCGCGGACAUGAUCGGAAACCUUUUACUUUGCCGGCCGUCAUUAGCCAUUUUCUUUCCGUACAUUUAAGUCGAGACGACCCUCCACCUGAUUGGAAAACGAAAAUGAUCGGACUACCGGACGAUUCUGUUAUUUCUUCGUUAGCCCAGACGCCUGGUGUAGACCCCACGAAGUUCCAGCUGAUUGUAGCUGCUUUCCCUUGGGUAUUUCGUCCUACAGCCUUAGAUAUGGCGGACAACGACAAUUCUUCCAUGGGUGAAGGUUUGAAUUCUAAAAAAGAUCUCCCUCCUCGGGGUCACUCAGCUGGCGAGCGUGGGAAACGCCCACGCCAUCACUCAGCGGGUAUUAAGUCGGAAAAUGUUAUUUGCGAUUCCCAUCAUGGUCAUCUAGAGGUGGCUGUAGAUGAUUUCCCGAAGUUUAUCGAAUCUCCUUUAAAUGACGGAAGUAAACAUCUAGAAUCCCCAAAGGAAGAUGAAUAUGAUCCUCACAGACCAGCGUUCAUUGAGCAUGGCAGAGAUCCAGGCAGCAGACUUGAAAAUCAUCGUAUGCGUCCCAAAUCGUUGAAUUCGGCACAUAUUCAAGAUAUAGAUCCAAUUCAGGCCUCUCUAUUGGCUGAAAAGUCUGCUCCAGAUUCUCGGGUUGAUAUCCACAAACUGUCACAUCGGCAGGGACCCUCGCUAGAAUCAAGCAAUCGUCAAUAUAGUGAACGGCUCUCCAAGGCCGAUCUGACUGGGGCAGAGGCUAUUUCUGGGUUUCCAGAUGAUCCUCAUCAUGGUAUUCAUCAAUCCGAAGUGCAGAGCAGAAAUGUUUCUGAAGAUGGCGAAGUGGCAGAGCCUCUUCCACCCCGAGAAGCAAGACCCAAACCGAAUUCGCCAUUUGAAGAGUUGAGCGCCGCAGAACGCUUUCUCAGUAGCUUUGUACCAGGUCAGGAUCCUGACGAUUAUAAAUCCAAAGCAGGCGAAGCUCAUCGAUCGCAUGAACCCUCAGGAGCCCAGUGGCUCGACCCAGAGGAUAUGGAUCCGCGCCGUUGGCGUACUGAUGUAGGCGGUACAGCGGAAGGCAGUGUGACCGGGGACGUACCUCGGGAUGGACGAAGAAGCUGGGGUGCGCGGACAAAUAGCCCUACAACAGCACGAGGAUAUCGUGAAUUCGAACAGCGCGUCGAUGUUGAGAACACUAUGGCUGGUAGGCAUGCUAAUGCGGUAUCUCCAGAACCGAGACACGGACGAAGAGCACUUGCAUAUUCCGACACUCGACACCAGGCAGAAAAUGUCUCUCGGCGACCUCAGAGUAGGUUUGACCGAUACGAAGCCCAACGCCAAGGUUCCCUUCGACCUCGAUCCCGAUCCCCCAAAGCUCAUGAUGCUUUGGCCCUGGAGCAAACAUAUUACCGCGACCGAAGUCCAAGGGUUCGCACCAGAAGACCCACAUACUCUGACUAUCCACCACCUGAAAGUUACUACGACCGUGUUCCACUUGAACACACAGGUCCCUAUACCCGUGUCCCAUCUCAUUCCCAGUAUCAAUACAUGGACGAUCCAAGGUAUACAGAUCGACCUUUUGAUGGUGCAGUAGAAUACAUUCCGGUUAGGGUUAGUGGUCGUGAGCAACAAAAUCCUACAGCUUAUUAUAUUGAGCGUCCUGUGCACAGGGACAUGGCAAAAGAAUACGUCGAUUACGAGAUGGAAUACCGAAGACAACCUGUAUACGAGGAACAGCCACAAUAUUACCCAGCUGAAACCAUCCCUCAUCAUGGCGAAGGUGCACCAGGCCCUAUGACCCGUCGUGCUCGGUAUCGUUAA